CGGGCAGUGAGGCAGCCAGAGGCUUCUCAGCUCCGAGCUCCGGAGCCAGAAGUAACAUUGACCUUAAAUGGUAAAAGCUCCCCAGAGUGAAGAGAGGCUGGCCAGCCAGAGGAAAGAGGAAUAACUCAGUUUUAGCCUGCAGAGUCCAGGCUUCUUGGACCAUCCUUGGGGCUGACACAGAGGAGGUUCCAGGCACACGUGGCCACUCCAGCCAGGAGGCUGCCAUGCCCCAUAUUCCUGAAGAUGAAGAGCCCCCCGGAGAUCCUCAGUCAGUCCAGAGCCCUGCUGGCCAAGGCUCUCCUUCUGUAGGAAUAUCUUGCAACCCACCCACCAUCAUCCUCACUGGGGAUGCCAGUUCACCGGAAGGAGAAACUGACAAAAACCUGGCCAACAGAGCUCCCAGUCCCCACAGGAGGCCUUCUCACCGACACUUGAAGGUUUCCACUGCUUCACUGACUUCUGUGGACCCUGCAGGGCACGUAAUUGACCUGGUGAAUGACCAGCUGCCGGAUAUCAGCAUCUCAGAGGAAGACAAGAAGAAAAACCUGGCGCUGCUAGAAGAAGCCAAGUCAGUGAGUGAGCGCUUCCUGACAAGGCGCGGGAGGAAGUCCCGGAGCAGCCCUGGAGACUCCCCCUCAGCUGUCUCCCCAAACCUCAGCCCCGGAGGUUCUCCUGUGUCCUCUCGGAGCAACUCACUCACCAUUCCUGCACCGCCUGGUCUGGACGCAUGCUCACAAUCCCCACUCCCUGGAGCCCAGCCACAGAAGGGAAAUGAGGCCGAAGUUUCUUCACCUUACCUGGGCGAGCCUCCUGUUCCCAAAGGGCUAGCUGACCGGAAGCAGAAUGACCAGAGGAAAGUGUCUCAAGGCAGGUUGACUCCUCGGUCUCCCACCGUUGAGAAGUCCAAAGACAUUGCAAUAGACCAAAAGGAAAACUUUGAUCCCCUCCAGCACCCGGAGGCCACUGCCAGAAGCCCUAUUCCAGGCACAGGCAGUGGGAAAAUGGCCCUGAACAGCCCCAGCCCUGGGCCUGUGGAGGGUGAGCCUGGAAAGUUGCUCCCGAAGACAGCCAGGGAGGGCAACCCUCUGCCCAGGAGCCCUGCCCAGAGCUCUGGAGGGGCAGCUCUCCCGGCCCCCCAGGGAAAAGGCACAGCCGGAGAGCCAACAGGAUCUAAAGCGAACUCUAAAUCUGAGCUGCGGCCUCCUGGAUCCAGGCCCCCCUUGCAGCGGGGAGUGUCCUGGGACAGUGGCCCCGAAGAGUCUGGCCCUCGUGUACAGAAAGUGCUUGCCAAGCUCCCCAUGGGAGAGGAAGAGAAACGUUUUGCAGGCAAAGCCGGCAGCAAACUGGCCAAGACACCUGGACUCAAAGACUUACAGAUCCAAGUGCAGCCUGUGAGGAUGCAGAAGCUGACCAAGCUCCGUGAGGAGCACAUCCUGAUGAGAAAUCAGAACUUAGUGGGACUCAAGCUUCCGGAACUUAGCGAAGCAGCUGAGCAGGAGAAAGGCACCCCUUCUGAACUCAGCCCAGCUCUUGAGGAAGAAGAGUCAAAGAGUGGCUUGGAGGUCAUGCCCAAUAUUUCUGAUGUGCUGUUGCGCAAACUGCGGGUCCACAAGUCUCUCCCUGGAAGUGGUCCUCCACUUACAGAAAAAGAAGUUGAGAACGUGUUUGUACAACUGUCCUUGGCCUUUAGAAAUGACAGCUACACUCUGGAGUCUAGAAUUAACCAGGCUGAAAGGGAACGGAAUCUGACUGAGGAGAACACAGAGAAGGAACUGGAAAACUUCAAAGCCUCCCUUACGUCCUCAGCUUCCCUGUGGCAUCACUAUGAGCAUCGAGAGACAUACCAGAAGCUUCUGGAGGACAUCGCUGUGCUGCACCGCCUGGCUGCCCGCCUGUCCAGCCGAGCUGAGAUGGUGGGGGCUGUCCGCCAGGAAAAGCGCAUGUCAAAGGCCACCGAAGUGAUGAUGCAGUAUGUAGAGAACCUUAAGAGGACAUAUGAGAAGGAUCACGCGGAGCUCAUGGAGUUUAAAAAGCUUGCAAAUCAAAAUUCAAGUCGUAGCUGUGGCCCCUCUGAAGAUGGGGUCCCACGCACAGCACGAUCCAUGUCCCUCACACUGGGAAAGAACAUGCCUCGCCGGAGGGUCAGUGUUGCUGUGGUUCCCAAGUUCAAUGCCCUGAAUCUUCCAGGCCAGUCUUCCACUGCAUCACCCAUCCCCUCCUUACCAGCCCUGUCAGAAUCACCCAAUGCGAAAGGCAACCUUCCCGUCACCUCAACACUGCCUGCACUUUUGGAAAAUGGAAAGACAAAUGGGGACUCAGAUUGUGAACUGCCUGUUCCUGUGCCCACUCCAAGCUGCCCGGAGGAGAUUAGCCAGGAGACCAAGACCAGGGUGGAGGAUGAAGCCUACAACAAGGGGUACCAGGAAGGUCUAAAGAGGACCAAGGAGCUUCAAGAGCUGAAGGAGGAGGAAGAAGAACCAAAGAGUGAGAAUCCUGAAGAACCCGAAGAAGUCGAAGAAACUGAAGAGGAGGAAAAGGACAAGAGAAGCAGCAAACUUAAAGAAUUGGUUCAUUUCUUACAAGUCAUGUAUCCCAAACUGUGUCAGCAUUGGCAAGUCAUCUGGAUGAUGGCUGCGGCAAUGUUUGUCUUGACUGUCAUUCUGGGGCUCUACAAUUCCUAUAACUCUAGUGUGGAGCAGGCUGAAGUGUCCUCUGGGAUAUCUUCCUGCUCUGCAGCCCAAUGGAACUCCUGGUGGGGCUCAGGACUCCAGCAUGAGCAGCCUACAGAGCAGUAGAACCUCUGAUGCCAGCCAGCGGCCUCCUGCAGCACACAGCCUCCUGCCUUUCCCCAGAGCACUGUGUCAGGCCCAGGUGUGGGCAUACUGCUUCCUGCUCAUCAGGGAAGGAAGAGGGGUUCUUCUGAAGUGAGUACCCUGAGGGAGCCAUCCAUACAGUACUUGGUGUUCUUGGAGGAUCAACAUAAAUGCCCUGGGAAAGAUUCCGGUGGAAAAUGAAGUCACCUUCAUCAAAGAACUCUUCACAGAAGGGAAGGUCACCUACCCCUGCUCACAGGGGAAGUAAAGCACCUUCUCUGCAAGGAAGAGCAAGAAGCUCACUCCUUCAUUUUCCAUUCCUGCAAUCAGAAAUCAGGAAGAAUUGUGAUGAAAGGCCAACUGUAAUCCAAAGGAUCAGACCUGGAAUUUGGAGUUACAGCAUGACUGUCUUCCCAUUUCCCAUCUCAUUUUCAUUGGCUCAUCUUCAACCUCCCCUUCAUUCCCUGAGAAUCAGAGUUUCUUUUUACAGACAUAGGAAAGAUGUCUUGAACAAUACUUAGGCUAAGUUAACUCUGUUUUGAAAUGGGGAUGUAUGUGUUAAUAUAUAUAUAUAUAUGCAUUUGUAAACAAACAGACACACACAUACCACCAGACAUAGCACACCUGUGCAUGAAGCCAACAACCCUCCAAGCAUAAACUCCAAAUGUGUGUCCUGGAUAAAGAAAAUUCAUAUAAAAACCAACCCACAGAUUUUCACAAGGUGUGAACAGUCACCAAGCACCAGUUCAGUGAGCUCUUCACAUGUGUUUAUAAUCUUAUGGCUUCAAUGGCAAACUUGUUGGUCCCCAUUUCUAAUGUGGGUUCUAAGCUGCUGUAUAACACAGGUUGAUUUCUAUUUGUUCUCUUUAUCUAUGAGCAGUUAACUGCCUCUGAGGUGAAUGAAGAUACACUGUGUGCUUUCAGCUUUCCUGAGUUCACAUACAAGUGUGCGGUUGCCUCUUAGUGCUUCAGUUCAAAUGGAAUUUCUUCCCAAAUACACACUUAAGAGUGUUCCCAAUUGUUUAGCAUAAAACCAAAAGCACAUCCCAUCUAUAAUUUGACCUCUCACACCAUCUCUAUUGCAACUACCUUUUUAUUCAUCCCUCAUGAGCUUGGAGGGGUUGUAGGCUUCUGGGUAAAUUUUAUUAUAAUUGUUUUUGUUUUUAUUUUUAUUUUGUUAUAAAUAUUGUUUGAUUUGGUCACUAACAUCCAUAUAGAAUAUAUAUGAGCCAAAUACUGUUCUAGAUAUUAUCACUAUGAGGUGGUUCCCACUCUUGCCAUUUUCGGACAAGUUUGUUGAGUAACACACCAAAAGUUCCAGCAAGUCAACGAGGAUAUGAAGUUAAUAAAUCAAGGAGCUAGACGUCCAGUCCAAUAGACCGGAUAAAGGGCCUAUAUUCUAAUCCCUGUACAAAACUGCUUCCUUCAAAGAUCUGAGCUAAACACCUUCCAUUCCAGUCCCCAUUUUCCAAAGUGGCCCUUCAGCCCCUCCAACCAUUUCUGGUUCCCAGACAAUCCUGUGUUUUUGGUCACAGCUCUGUACCUCCACUCAUUAGUUUUCUUUCUGGUAUUUCAUAUUCUGAUCACACUCUAGGACCAAGUACAAAUGUCAUUCUCUCCUUACAGAUAGUGAUGCUCUCUCACCAAUUUCCAUAUAUGACAUGUUGUUGGACACAUUCUCAUCUGUGUUUUCUGGCACUUUCCAACAUUUUCAUUACUGACAUUUAAGACAGUAUAUCACAAUGACUUAUUUAGGUGUUUGUCUAUCCUGGCACUUUUUAUCAAAGACAAGAACCAUAUCUCACCCAUUAUCUGAGUGAGUGCCUAGCAUGGCAAUUGAUGCUUGGAAGAACAUCAUUAAAUGUUGGUUAAAAGAGCAAGUGAAUGUCCAGGUGACAGAGAGAAUUCUGAGCAUAGCUGGCAUUUUGCAUACUUUCAGGACAAGUCCUUUCACCACCACUGUAUCAAUGAGAAAAAAUAUUUUGACUAGCCUCAUUUAUCCUAAUAUUUUCAAAAUAAUCAGAGAAUAGGAGUGCAACCCAAUGAGCAAUGCUAUUUCUAAGUUCAGGGGCUAGGUUUGACACAAAAAUUCCUUUAAGAAAGACUCCCCUUAAUUAGACCCUACUUCAAAACAGAAUGUUUAUAUAAGGAGUGUGUGUGUGUGUGUGUGUUGUGGGAGAGAGGUCCUUUACAGUGCUAAAGAAAUUACUAUGAGAGAAACCCAGGCCAGAGUUUACCAAGGAUGUGCCAUUAAGGUAAAGAGGUAUAGAUCAAGGCAAAUGAACCUUGGGGGCCUGGAUGCAUGGUCUGCCCACCCUGAUUAAUCAGUGGUGGUGGUGGUGGUGGUGGGGAGUUGUACACGACGCUAAAGAUUUUAAGGCCCACAGAGUUGGAGACAGGAUGCAAACAGAGCUUCCUGCAAGUGACUAUGGGACAGGACUCUGCUGGAAAUGUCCAGGCUCAGUCUUCCUCAGAGAAGGACCAGGUUGUGUCCCCUUGACUCUAGGGCUCCCCAACUUUGUUCCCAGUUGAUACAAAGGCCCAGAGAUGAGGUGCAUUGUCUCCUAAACCUCCAGCUUCUCUUUAUAAAGAUGUGCAAGAAUAUUUCCAGACAGACUCUCCCCAAACUACCCUGUAAGAGAGGGAACGGAGAAGAAGGUGCAGAGUAAUGGAAAUUCUGAGGGCAUUCAUGAAAAAAGGUCAGCAUUUCUUCCCUAAAAAGCAAACAUUGGCCUGAAGCAGCUGAUGUUCUUGCCAAAGCAUCCGGGAAACAGACAGGCCCUCUAUUUUGAAUAGUAGCAUUGCUCUGCUACAAGAGUUCCCCUCCAAAUGCCUCUUAAGUUUGCUGAACUAUAGGACUUUGGGUGCCUACCCCAGUUGGAGAGUGAUCUGUUGUGUUAUUGUCGAUGUCACAUACUUUUAGUAUAAGACCCUUCACUUUGAAGCUGUUAUAAAGACCUUUUGUAUUACUCCUACAUACAACCAGUAGAAUGGAUGGAGAGGGAAGACUGGAUUUGGGUGUGCUAGCAAUGAACUAUAGUGUCACAUACUUACAUUUGAAAAUAAAAGCACA